AUGCAACCAGGUGAAAGGCGAAUAAUGUCUAUUGAUUAUAUAUUCCCAUUGAAUUCGAACUAUUCUAAUUCUUCCAUUAAAAUUAUUGGAACUGAUGUCAAUAGUAGCAAUGAAUCCAUUAUCAGUAUCAUUAAUUUCAAUAUAAGUUUUGGUAGUAAUUUAGCGCCAGUAACUAAUGAUUAUUCAGUUGAUUAUUCAUCAAUUUACCGAACAAGUCAAAUGGAUCAAUUGAUCAUUUACUUUAAAAAUAUCCGUAACAUUGGUACGUCAAGUGUACCGCUAAUGCGUAACACGCUUAGUCUUUCAGUGGAAAUUCAAUUGAGUGAUAGUAAAACUGUAGAAAAUGGAACUAUUUGGCCAAUACAAUUCACAGGUCAAUUUAAUACUGUGACAAAUCUUACUAAACUAUUUAUUACUUGUUUGAGAAAUGCUUUGGAAAAACCAUCAAUCAAUGUUAUACCAUCACAGUUGUCAUUAUUCACUCUCACUGACUGUCCUGAUAGAGAUCAAGUUUAUCUUCAAACUUUAGUCCAAAUGAUGGAUGGUACAGGAUUAGAAUGUGAGAGGCAAUCCAUAAUUUUAUAUCUCAGUCCACAAAUAAAAUCAGUCAGUGUAGUUAAUCAAGCAGGUACUAAUAAUAAUGUAACACUGAAAACACCAUUGCAUCCAAUAAGUAAAUCAGUUCAAUUCCAAACUGGACCUUUAUAUUUUGGUACAAAUUAUACAGUUGUAUUUAGUUUAAGAUACAAUUUGUCAAUUAGUGGAUCAAUUGUAAAAUUUCCAGUUUUAAUUGAACUUGUGUGCAAACCAUAUGAACGUGACAAUGCAGUGAUAAACACUUGUUCACAACCGAAAUUUUUCAAAUUUAGAUCUCGUAUACAUGUUGCACUUGAUUAUACUUUUCCUUGUGAUUUACCACAUUAUACUGCGAUGAAACAUUCUGCUGUACAAUUACCUAAUCGUCAAACAAAUACAUUUCUAAAUGUUGGUGAUUAUUUAUUUUAUUGUGGUCAAGCCUUCAAUAUCAGAGGUUCAUUGGUUUUAGAGAGGCGUUGUUUCAUGAUUGAUAAACUACCUAAUAGAAUAUGGUUUGAUAUGGGACCAUUGGUUGAUCAGAUAAUAGCAUAUACAAAGCCAUCUGGUUUAUUGUUUGGUAUGGGAGCUAAUGGUGGAGGUGUAUUAUUGAGUAAUAAUUUCGGGAAGACUUGGCUUACAGUCAACCCCUACGUAUAUCAGAGAACCUUGAACACGUCAACAGAAAUCGUCACUGCAAAUAUAGUGCCAUGGAUUUCAGUGACAGGACCAAUUGACAGUACAUUGAUGGAGUCAUUUUGCAAGUUACAGGUGGCUGGAAAAUGGAAUGUUUGUAUCAAUGCAAUUUAUGCAAAUGAAUUUUUAUUGGCUAAUUGGACUUACACUUGUCCAAAUAUUAAACGUUUAUUCUAA